GCCGCCGCAGCUGCCUCGUCCCCUUCGGCACCUCGCUGUCGGCCGCCGAGCCCAAGGGCGGCCCCUUCGGCGAGGCCCGCGGCCCCGAGCCGCCCGCCAUGCAGCUGGCGGCCGCCAAGCCCGGCUACGGCCAGGACCCGUCGUCCUGCUACAUCCCGCUGCGCCGGCUGCAGGACUUGGCUUCCAUGAUCAACGCCGAAUACCUCGGCGGUGCCGCCGACGGCGCUGAGGCCCUGCCCGACCCUGGCUCGCCGGGGCCCCGCCUGCCCGCGGCGCAGGACCCUGCGGCCGAGGUGCCCCGCGGGGCCCGGGCCUUCCCCCUGCUCCUGCGGGACGGUGCAGAGGAGGCGUUGGAGGAGGAGGGCGCCGAGACUCCGGAGGAGGAGGAGGAGGAGGACGACGACGACGACGACUACGACGACGACGACUACGAGGAAGAGGACGAGGACGACGACGAGGAGGAGGCGGCGACAGAGCCCGGCCCGCGGAGCCGCGGCCGCUCAGCUCCGCAGCGGGGCCCCGACAGCCGCCUGCAGCCGGCCGAGUCCGUGCCGGACGGCGGCCCCGGGGAGCAGCCGGAGUCCUCGGCCGCCCUGCAACUCAUCCGAGUCAAGAAGAAUCCUCCAGUGAAGUAUGAAGUUGGGGAUCUUGUUUGGGCCAAGUUCAACAGACGCCCAUGGUGGCCAUGCACAAUUUGUCAUGACCCAGUGCUGGACUGUCACUCAAAAAUGAAAGUUUCCAGUGGGAGACCAUACCGAGAGUAUUAUGUGGAAGCCUUAGGAGAACCUUCAGAGAAAACCUGGGUUCCUGGGAAAGCUGUUGUCCUCUUUGAAGGGAGACAUCAGUUUGAAGAGCUGCCUGUUCUCCGGAAAAGAGGAAAGCAAAAGGAAAAAGGAUACAGACACAAGGUUCCUCAGAAAUUUAGAGCUAAAUGGGAAGUCAGUGUUGGACAGGCAGAAGACAUUCUUCUUGGGGGUCCAGAGGAUCAGAAGUGCAGCCAGAGCUCGAGUGAGCCGGACAGCGAGAAGGACGUGCAGCUGGAAUACUACAGCAAUGGCCCUGGGGCAGAAAGGGACACGCAACUGAACGGCUGCUUAAAAUCCCUGGCUUUUGACUCCAGACACGUGGCCAGUGAAAAAGGAAAAUUGCACAUCAAGCCACAGGUGAAAACAACCUCUGAAAGCAGAAAAAGGACUAGAGUAAAAAAGAGUGGCGCCAGAGGGGAAACAUCGAGGGAAGAAAUCAAAGACAAAACACCAGAGAGCGUAGUUAGAAACGUGAUUGUUGGGGACCUACCAGAGAAGCACGCGUCUCACGAGCUUCGGCGCAUUGCCAACAGCCUGACAGCAGCCAGCAGCACCAGGGAAAACCAUUUGCUGUCCUCCUUUGGAGAAAGACGCUUUGAAAAGACACCUCUAAAACCAGACUAUGAGAACCGUAAAAGUGACACUCUGAAAAGCACCCUCCAAGGAGAUUUGUUUUCCAGCCCAUCUUUUGAGAGAGAGAAGAGCUCUCUGGGCAUUUUGUGCAGUUCCAAGUUACAAAUACACUAUUCUGCAUCUGAUGAUGGUGUUGAGAAAAAACAAACUGAAUCAGAUUCAUCCUCUUCCCUCUCUGAUGGUGGGAACAGCGAUGUAGAUACCAUGGACCAAAGUUCAGAGAGAGCCUCUAGUGCUCUUGAAGUUAGUGAUUCUUCAGAUAAAGUGGAGAAGGACUUUGCUAUGACAUCAAGUGGAAACAUUAAACUUUCCAUGUAUCUUUCUCAGAAGAGCAGCAGAAGGGCCAGGAAGAAGUCGCACAGAGAGCGCAAAGCUCUGGGAGGUUCGGUAACCAGCAGACUUGAUGCUGAAUUUGUGGAUGGGGAGCUUGAAGUAGGUUUGUCUGAUGCUGAGAUGCCAUUGACACCUCUCGAGUGCUCUUCAGAUGUGAGAAAUUACAAUCUUUCCCUAGCAAACAAGCACACUACCCCCCAAAGUGUUUCCAAGGAUGGCUCCUGGCCUGCUGUUACAAAUCAAGCAGUCUUGAAAUCAAAAAGCGUGAAAUUACCCGGAAGCAGAAGUAUAAAAUGUAAACAUAAAGAAAAGGUUGCUGGGUUGGAGCCUUCUCUUGCGGAAGAGGAGGGUGGUGUGAAUCACUGUUCUUCAGAUACCAAAGGUUUCUCUGGCCUUUCAAGAGAUUCUCUUCAGAGAAGUGGAAAAGUUGAUGGUCAGAAACUGUUAAACAACAUGCAUGAGAAACCCAGGGAUUCUGCUGAAAUUGAAACAGCCGUGGUGAAGCAUGUUCUGUCAGAGCUGAAGGAACUGUCCUAUCGGUCCAUGAAUGAUGAUGCCAGUGACUCUGGCACUCCAAAGGCCACAGUACCUUUGCUUUUCUCUUCUGCUUCUGGUCGUUUGCCCAUUGAACCAGAUUACAAAUUCAGCACCUUGUUAAUGAUGUUGAAGGAUAUGCAUGACAGUAAGACAAAAGAGCAGCAACUGAUGACUGGUCAAAAUAUAGUCCCAUUUCGAAAUACCAGCACAAGUGAUGGUUCUGGAAGCAAUUCUGCAAGUGGUCUCAAGUCUUUGUCCAUUGUAGGUCCCCCAUAUAAAAUAGAAAAAAAUGGAGAUUGUGUCCAGGAAACAGUAACUCCAAACUCUGCUCUAAGCAACUCCUCAUUUUCACGUGGUCCUCCAACCAAGUUGACAGGGAUUGGUACUGGUAAAAGGGAGCCUGCGAGUGCUGCUGUUUCUGGGACAAACGGCACAAAUUGCAUGUCCAAACGCAACUGUUCAAAAUCUAAGCAGUCAUCAAAGCUUGGAGAUAAAACAGUUUCAAACAGAAAGGACUUAAAACCAGGAGGGCCAACACAUUCAGAGAGGAAGCGCCUUAGAAAGCCGAGUAAACGGCUUCUGGAAUAUGCAGAAGAAUAUGAUCACUUGUUUGCACCCAAGAAAAAAUCAAAGAAGGGCCAGGAGCAAUCACAAAAGGUGAAUUCUGUGGCGAGGUCUGAAUGUGAAGGAGGUGCUCCUGCACAAUGCAGUCCUGACAGAGAGACCCAGCGGGGGCCAAGUUCUUUGGUUUCAACUCCAUCUUCAACCAAAGAGUCCCCUCCUGUCCUUGAAGCAGAGUGUUCCUUCUCAGAAGUAGGAUCCCACUCCACUGAUCCCCCUAGUCAAGCUCAAGGAGGAUCUUCAGAUUUUCCAGAGGUGGUGGUUCUGUCUUCCUCGGAUGUUUCUGAAGUUUCUGCUUCUCCAGAUGCAGAAGAGGGAUUCCUGAAAUCAGGAAACUUCGAAAGCAAGCGUCAAAGGAAGCCCACUAAAAAGCUUUUGGAAUCCAAUGACUUGGACACUGCCUUUAUGCCAAAGAAGGAGGAAUGGACUCCCCAAAAGAAGGGUACUGGCCCUUCAGAGAGUGACAGCUCUGAGCUCUACUCACCAGCCCACUUCCAGGACGUGGGAGAAGCUUCUGAAAAGCUCUUGGAGAAGCAGCGGAAGCGGAAGAGGCAGCGCCACACCUCUGCUGCAGUCCAUUGCAAGAAGGAGAAGAAUGAGGAGGGGCUGGGGGAGACCCCACACUCUGAGGGGGAGACCUCGGUUCAUGGGGCUGCAGCAAGCCCCAAGGAGGGUCAUGAGGAGGGGUCAGAGAAUGACCAUGGAGUGCCUUCGUCCAAAAAGAUACAGGGGGAGCGUGGAGGAGGAGCAGCUCUCAAGGAGAAUGUGUGUCAGAUCUGUGAGAAGCCGGGGGAGCUGUUGCUGUGUGAGGCGCAGUGCUGUGGUGCUUUCCACCUGCAGUGCCUUGGGCUCUCCGAGAUGCCAAAGGGCAAAUUCAUCUGCAAUGAGUGUUCCACAGGGGUCCACACCUGCUUUGUGUGCAAGAGCUGCGGGGAGGAUGUGAAGCGGUGCUUGCUGCCCCUCUGUGGGAAGUAUUACCACGAAGCCUGCAUCCAGAAAUACCCGCCCACAGUCAUGCAGAACAAGGGCUUCCGCUGCUCCCUGCACAUCUGCAUGACCUGCCAUGCUGCUAACCCAGCAAACAUCUCUGCCUCUAAAGGUCGCCUGAUGCGCUGCGUGCGGUGUCCGGUCGCGUAUCACUCCAACGACUUCUGCCUGGCCGCCGGCUCCGUGGUCCUGGCCUCCAACAGCAUCAUCUGCCCCAACCACUUCACUGCCCGCCGGGGCUGCCGCAACCACGAGCACGUCAACGUCAGCUGGUGCUUUGUCUGCUCGGAAGGGGGCAGCCUUUUAUGCUGCGAGUCGUGCCCGGCUGCGUUUCACCGUGAGUGUCUAAACAUUGAGAUGCCAGAGGGAAGCUGGUAUUGUAAUGAUUGCAAGGCAGGCAAAAAGCCACACUACAAAGAAGUAGUCUGGGUGAAAGUUGGGCGCUACAGGUGGUGGCCAGCUGAGAUUUGCCAUCCUAGGACAAUUCCUGUCAACAUCCAGAAAAUGAAACAUGACAUUGGUGAGUUCCCUGUGCUGUUCUUUGGCUCCAAGGACUACCUGUGGACCCACCAGGCUCGUGUGUUCCCUUACAUGGAAGGUGAUGUCAGCAGCAAAGACAAGAUGGGGAAAGGUGUUGAUGGCAUAUACAAAAAAGCUCUUCAGGAAGCUGCUGUGAGAUUUGAAGAAUUGAAAGCACAGAAAGAACUGAGACAACUUCAGGAAGACAAAAAGAAUGACAAGAAACCUCCUCCCUACAAACACAUCAAGGUGAACCGGCCCGUUGGGAAGGUGCAGAUCUUCACUGCCGACCUGUCCGAGAUCCCGCGCUGCAACUGCAAACCCACGGACGAGAACCCCUGCGGCCUGGACUCGGAGUGCAUCAACCGCAUGCUGCUCUACGAGUGCCACCCCCUGGUGUGCCCCGCCGGGGAGCGCUGCCAGAACCAGUGCUUCUCCAAGCGCCAGUACCCCGAGGUGCAGAUCUUCCGCACGCUGGCACGGGGCUGGGGCCUGCAGGCCAAGACUGACAUCAGGAAGGGUGAAUUUGUUAAUGAGUAUGUUGGGGAGCUAAUUGAUGAGGAGGAGUGCCGAGCCCGAAUCCGCUACGCUCAGGAGCACGACAUUACCAAUUUCUACAUGUUGACACUGGAUAAGGAUCGAAUCAUUGAUGCUGGGCCAAAGGGUAACUAUGCUCGGUUCAUGAAUCACUGCUGCCAGCCCAACUGUGAGACUCAGAAAUGGUGUGUGAAUGGUGACACUCGGGUCGGGCUCUUCGCACUUGUAAAUAUCAAAGCUGGGACUGAGCUGACUUUCAACUACAAUCUGGAGUGUUUGGGAAAUGGAAAGACUGUUUGUAAAUGUGGUGCCCCAAACUGCAGUGGUUUCCUUGGAGUAAGGCCGAAGAGCCAGCCCAGCCUGAGCGAGGAGAAGUCCAAGAAGCUCAAGAGGCGGCCGCAGAUGAAGCGCCGGUCGCAGGCGGAGGUGAUGAAGGAGCGGGAGGACGAGUGCUUCAGCUGCGGGGACGGAGGGCAGCUGGUCUCCUGUAAGAAGUCAGGCUGCCCCAAGGUGUACCAUGCUGACUGCCUCAACCUGACCAAGAGACCUGCAGGAAAGUGGGAGUGCCCAUGGCAUCAGUGUGACGUGUGUGGUAAGGAAGCGGCUUCGUUCUGCGAGAUGUGCCCCAGGUCCUUCUGCAAGCAGCACCGGGAAGGAAUGCUCUUCAUCUCCAAGCUGGAUGGACGAUUAUGCUGCACUGAGCAUGAUCCCUGUGGGCCUCACCCUCUAGAGCCAGGAGAAAUUCGUGAGUAUGCACCUCCCAUAGAAGGCCUGGCUAACGGCGAGGACACCCAGCCGCCAGAGCAGGUGCCUGCAGAAACAGAGGCCGACACAGAUCUGAGUGUUCAGCCCCUGGACAGCCUACCUCAGUCUGUGGCCCUCAGACUGCAGUCACCAGAAAAGCCCCCUGCUACCCUAGCACUGAGGCUGCCUUCUUCAGACAAGCCCCCCACCACCCUUGCCCUGAGGUUGCAGCCAUCAAACAAACCCCCUACCACUCUGGCCCUCAGGCUACCUUCACCAGACAAACCGCCUGCCACCCUGGCUCUGAGACUGCCGCCGUCAAAUAAACCCCCCGCCACCUUGUCACUGAGACUGAAGCCAUCCAACAAGCCCUCCACCACCCUCUCGCUGCGGCUUCAGCCUUCGGACAAACCUCCCACCACGCUGUCGCUCCGCCUGCAGCCCUCAGACAAGCCGCAGGCCGCCCUGUCCCUGAGGCUGCAGUCAGAGAAGCAGCCCAUCAUCGUAGCGCUGCGGCCCCAGCAGCCCGACAAACCUGCCAGCAACGCCGUGCUCUGGCCGCUGGACGAGGCCUCCAGCAACGCCUCGCAGCCUCAGCUGCCCAGCAAAUCUCCUCCAGGAUCACCUCAGUCCCCGCUGGAUGAGUCACUUGUCACUGCUGCUGACCUGCAGCUCCAGCUGGCAGAUGAGACUCCUGAUGCCCCCGAGGUUUUGGAGUUAUCGGACGAGUCCCUCAUUGACAGCAGGGCACAGCAGCCCGAGCUGCUGGAUGAGUUCCCUGUGAAAUGCCUGCCUCCUCCACUGUCUGACAGACUCCUGGCCACCGUGGGGAUGCUGCAGUCCCAGGAUGAGCCUCCUGAGGCCGAUCAGCUCCAGCCCCUGGAUGAUUCCUCUGCCCAGAGUCCACAGCCACAGGCUGUGCAAGAGGCUUCCAGCUCUGUGGUGCCGCAGGUCCCAGAAUUGGAGAUGGCUUCCAGUCCUGAAGUGCUGUGGUCUGUUUCCGUUGAAAAAGUCCCAGACUCCCCAGUCUCACGAAUCCUGCCCUCAGAGAAGGCUCCUGGAUCAGCAGUACCACAAUCCCCAACUCUAGAAAAGGCUUCCUUCUCUGGGGCAGUGCGGGUCCCAGACACAGAGAAGUCUCCCAGCUCUGGGUCACCCCAGCCCCUGCCUCCAGAGAAGGCUGCUGAUUCGGGUGUGCCUCAGAUCCUGCCCGCAGAGAAGGCUCCCAGCUCAGGGCUGCCAUGGCCCCUGUCUCCAGAGAAGGCCCCUGGCUCCCGGUCACCGCACGUCCUGCCCACGGAGAAGGGUCUCAGCUCAGGGGCCCUUCGGCUCCCGCUCACACAGAAGUCUCUGUCCUCCGGGGUGCUGCGACCCCUUCCUGCAGAGAAGGCUGCUGACUCCGGGGCCCUGCGAGUUCUUCCUUUGGAAAAGGCUCUCAGCUCUGGGGUGUCUCGGCCUCAGCUCUUGGAGAGGCCUCUCACUCUUACAGCCCCGUGGCCUCAGGCAUCGGAUAAGCUCGCUCCUGCUGUGGCUCCUCGGCCUCAGGCCUCGGACAAGCCUCUGGCUGCAUCAGCUCCGAGGCUGUUGCUGUCGGAGAAGGCGCUGCGUCCCGUCGACCAGAACGCUCAGCUGAAGGAGAGAGGAGCCCCAGCCAUGGAGCCGAGUCCCCAGCAGAAAGAGAGGACCAUGUUAGCUGGGGAGCAAAUCUCUUGGUCUGCUGGGAAGGUGGUGACACAGGUCGGACAAGUACCUUGGCCUACAGAGAAACUACAGACGCACGAGCAAAGCCACUGGUCCACCACGAAAACGCUGACGCCUGCGGAGCAGCCUUCCCGGACAGCAGAGAAACUACCAGAGCCAAGCCUUCAGCCCAGCUGGGAAGUGGCCUCAGCCCCCUCGGAGCAGAGCCCGUGGACAUCAGAGAGAUUGUGUGCAUUCGAGCAGACCCCUCGGCCAGCCAGGGAAGCUCCCCCGGAGCAGAUGCAGUGGCUCGUCACGAACGUUCAGGCAAUCGAUCAGAUUGCUUGGCUGAGUGGAAAAGCACAGACUCCUCGGGGGCAGGACCCUUUGCCUGAACAAAACACAGCGCUAGCCCGUAACCAGGAUUCUGUCUGUCGUGAGUUGGCUGACUCAGAGCCAAAGUGAGGUUGGUGAAUAUGGGAGGCAGGUUUCAGUCCUUUAAUGUUUAGGGAGGGGGAAUCUUUGUUUUGUUUUUUUUAUUCACUUCCCUGAGCCCAGCCCCUAACCCAUGCACAUCCCAUCCAUAUUCUCUUGUGACAUGAGCAAGGACAUUCUCUUAAAUCUGAAUCUGGCCCAGUCAAAGGGAGAGAGCAUCUGUGACCUUUUCCUCUUCCUUUUACAAAUGGUAAAGCUGAAAUAAAGAGUCCACUCUGGGUAAAAAUCUCCCAAUUCCAUUACUGGAAAUGGUCACAUUACUGAUCCAGCGUGUUCAAGCUCCAGGUUUGAUUCGUAGGUGGGUUCUAGGCACAGCCAGGGCCUUGCUCUUGUUACUGCAUUUAAAGAAAAUGGAUCAGUCAGGCUGCCCUGGCACUGGAGAUGUUUCAGGGAUCAUCUGGUGAGCAGUCAGGUGUGUAUCCUUGCCAGACUCCAGAAGCAGGGAAGGGAUUUUAUGUCACCUGCCCAGGUCUCUGUCCCUGCAGGGUGUUGCUUUAUGAGGUUUGUCCGUGUGUUUACUGGGACAUGCUGUGUGUGUGGUUUGCUCAAGGACAGGCAUCGUCUCCAGUGAGAUGGGACAGGAGCUCCUGCACUCGCUCUGUGCAGUUUUCUCCAGCAAUAGGCAGUAUCCAUUCAGGCUCCUUUUUUACAGAGCUUUUUGUCCAGGCCCAAGAAGUGGGAAAUCUGGAGGAAGUCAGGGAAAAGAGAUCUUGGAAGAAGUCAUCUGGGAGUUUUUUCAUUCUUGUGUCUUAAUCCUUUAGCACAGGACACGCGGAGUGUUUUCCUGCACUUGACAACGUAGUGACCCAUAAAGCAGCAAUAGCAGAGCAGAGUGGGUUCCUGGAGGUGCUGAGCACUGCCCUGCCAGGGGCACAGUGCUCCCUUUCCAAUUUCCAUCCAGUCUCUUCUAGACCUGUGUUGUCAGCGUGAGCCAGCGGACUGAGCAGUCCUUUCUCCCUUUGCCUCAGAUGUGUUCAGAACACGUUCCCAUCACACCUGGUGUUGCCAGCAGCAAGCCAAGCCUGUCCUGCUCACUGCACAGAGGCAAGGGUGCCCUAGCUGGAUCGGGACCCAUCUCAACACCUUCCCCUUGUGUAGCUUCUGGCUUAACUCUUCUACAACCAAAGGAGACUUGAAUUAACUGGACUGUGUUGGUGUGCAUGUGUGUGUGCGCGUGUGCGUCCAUCCCACUGAAUUGUAGUUCUCACACUGGAACACGGUGGGCUCCAGCAGCUGCCUGGCUUUCUGUUUUUCUCUUCUCCCUUUUACAGUGAAGGCGAUGUUUAGUACCUGGUGGUCAUCGAGCUGGUGUCCAGACUAGGCCUGCUGAAAGCCGCUCACUCAAGCGUUGAGGCAGAAGUUGGUGUGGCUGUGGUGCUCGUGGGGCAGGCAGUAGAGUCCCAGGGACCUGCAGCAUCUCGUGACCACCGUCACCCUCGCAGGCAGGAGGAGGACAGGCCUCCUUUGGUGGCACUGCCUGGCCUCGAUAGGGUUGGUGUCCUGCCGAGGAAACGCUGCUGACCAGCUUUUUCCCACUCUCACAACACAUUACCUCUGUAAUUACCUGAGCUCACCGAUCUGGGGCCGCAGCCUCGGAUCUCCGUGCCGCCGCCAGACCCUUGCGCAGCUCCAGUGUGUGUAUCCUUCUCCUUCUCCUUCCAGGCAGAUCCACAGCCCCUCCCCAGGAAGGGAGAGUUCAGCCCCAUGCUGACCUCCUUCCUCCAACAUGGGAGCAGGUCCUUGUUCCCACCUGGCUUGCAAGUGCCUGCUGCUCCCAGAGCAGACAGUCAUGAGCUUUGCAGUUUUCUAUGAAGGGAGGCAGACACCUGUACCAAGACAAAUCCUGAUCCGUUCUCAUUUCCUGAUGUGUGCACCCUGAGACAACGUCCUGCUGUAGAGGCCGGGUGUGCUGGGCACAAGGGGACAUUACCAGUGCUAUCUCUUCUCUAGUCCGAAUCAUUUCAGAUCUUUGUAGAAUAGCUCACAACUUGGAAAAGCUUUAUGGCUUAUGGAAACUUACUUGUUUAAUGUUUUUUUUUCCGGGAAGACUGGCAGGUCAGUUCCUGCUUGCUGCUGAAACUAGGGAAAUGCAAGCAGCUUGCAUUUCUGCGUGGCUCCUCCACAAAGGGAAUCAGGACAACUCAGAUCCAUUGAGAGAGAAGAUUACCUUAAGGGCAUUCAUUAAGGUUUUUAAACAAAAAUUAAAAAAAAAAUUAUGGCGUUCAGUAUAUUAAGUAUUUAUCAUGUGUGAGAAGGAAAAUAAAUCUUGAAUUUACAUUUAUAAACCUUCCCAUGAGCUGGACUUAGUCAUGUAGAUUGUGUAAGUAGGGUUUCCUCAGUGCCAGCGCCCAGCUAGCUCCCACUGUAACCAGAGAGGUCUCUGCACUGCUCUGUCCACCUCCGCUUCGCAUUGUCACGUGUUAACUAGUUACUUGUUUCAUGAAAAAAUAAACUGUGAAUAUUUUUGGUGCA